AUGGCUGGCACCGUAAUUGUGACAGGGGCAAACGGGUCUCUAGGCCUCGGCUUCGUCAAGAAUUUAAUUUCUUCAUAUCCCGACCACACACUCAUCGCAACAGUCCGAAACACCUCGAGUUCGGAUCCCAACACGGCCAAACUCCAUAACCUCAUCUCCCAGCACCCCAAAGCCAAAGACAGGGUCAUAUUGGAGCGUCUCGACCUCGGAAGCUUAGACGAAGUCCGCUCCUUCACGACGCGGGUAGCUGCGCGUGUGGCUAGUGGAGAACUUCCUCGUAUAGAUGCCAUCGUGUGCAACGCUUCGUCGUGGUCGUUGCGUGGCCAAAAGUUCACCGUCGACGGCCGGGAGGCAGCCUUUCAAGUUUGCCAUUUGUCGCAAUAUUUACUAGUCUUGAGGCUUCUCGAGGCUGUCAACUCAACAUCUGGGCGUAUCGUCAUGUUAGGCUCCGAAGCGCACUACACCGAGAAAGAUAACGUUAUAGCUAGACUGAGAGCCAAGGUGCCCGAGGAUCUCGACACAAUCGUCAAGCCCACGCCCGAUGAGCCGGGUAUGGAACACGACCGAGGAUUUCAAAGAUAUGGCACCGCCAAACUUGCCAAUGUCAUGUUCAUGCACGAUCUCAACCAAAGGCUUCAAGCGGAUGAGAAUUUAGCCAACAUCACCGCAACGGCCAUGGACCCAGGUGGUAUCGUGGACUCGCGGGGUCAUGUCGAACAGAAGCUCCUUAUCCGAGCUAUGUUUGCCACAGCUAACGUCCUGAUGCCCGUGUUGAAGCAUUUCACCAACGCGGCGCGGACCAGCGAUGAUGCCGGGCGUGCCCUUGUGGCAUUAGCUGCCCUUUACAAGACCCUAGACUAG